AUGUCGUGUGAUCCUUCCCCCGUCAGCACAAGGUCUGGAGAGGAUCUCGAGGGUGUCAGCUUUUUGGAGGAAAACAGUGGUGGGGGUGACGGCGAUAGUGUCCUGGGAGGGGACAGCCCGGUCACAGGGCCGCUGGGUGCAGUGCUGCUGGUCAUGUGCCUCACUGGGGUGGUGGGGAACAUCUACACAGUGGUGGUAGCCUCUGGCAGGGUGGCGGGCCGCUCGGCAGGCUCCUUGGGUGUCUAUGUGAUCAACCUUGCCCUGGCUGACCUCCUGUACCUCUCCACCAUCCCCUUUGUGGUCUGCACCUACUUUGCCCACGACUGGUUCUUUGGGGAUGUGGGCUGCAGGCUUUUGCUCAGUCUGGACCUCCUCACCAUGCAUGCCAGCAUCUUCCUCCUGACCGCCAUGAGCCUGGAGAGAUACUGGGCGGUAACCAGACCGCUGCUGGCCAGGCGGGCCAGCAACGCUUACCGCAAGCUGGCCAGCGCUGUCCUCUGGCUCCUCUCGCUCCUGCUUACGGCCCCCAUGAUGGCGAUGACCCAGCU